AUGCCCACUACUGAGUUCACCCUCUCUGACGGUCGCAAGAUCCCGUCCGUCGGCCUCGGCACCUGGCAGUCUCCCAAGGGCGAGGUCGCCAAGGCCGUCGAGCACGCUCUCAAGAACUCUUAUCGCCAUAUUGAUUGUGCAUGGGCAUACGGCAACGAGGCUGAGGUUGGAGAGGGCAUCAAGAAGGCUGGUCUGCCCCGUGACCAGUUCUGGAUCACGUCCAAGCUUUUCGAGCUCCACCAUCACCCGGAGCAUGUUUCGCUUGCCAUCAAGGACACCCUCAAGAACCUCGGCCUUGAGUACCUCGACCUCUACCUCCUCCACUGGAACAUCAACUUCCAGGUCGACGCGCCCGAGGGCGUCCUCCCGACUAGAGAGCACGCCCUAACGGACAAGGAGUCGGGCAAGCUUCUCCUCGACGUUGACCUCUGUGAGGACAUCAUGCCCACCUGGCGCGAGAUGGAGAAGCUCGUCGACCAGGGCCUCGUCAAGUCGAUCGGCGUGUCCAACCUUAACAUUAACCGCGUCAAGAAGCUUCUCAAGGAGGCGCGUAUCAAGCCCGUUGUCAACCAGGUUGAGCUCUCGAUCCAGUGCCCCCAGUUUGAGCUCGUCGACUGGCUCCAGAAGCACAACAUCCAGCCCCAGGGAUACUCGCCGCUUGGCGGUACUGACGGGGCUGCUCUCCGCCAGCACCCCGAUAUUAAGAAGAUUGCCGACAAGCACAACGUCGGUCCAACCACCAUUAUGCUCUCGUGGCUCGUGCAGCGCGGCAUCAACCCUCUCCCCAAGUCGUGCACGCCCUCGCGCAUCGACGAGAACCUUAAGAUCAUCGACUUGAGCCCCGAGGAGUUCGAAGCUGUCAACAACAUCGCCCGCUCGGUUCCUCACAAGCGCGUAUGCGACCAGUCGAACGACUUCGUGCCCGUCUACGACAUCUACCAGGAGAACGACCCCGAGUUCAACGACAAGGUCCAGGCAUUGAAGCCCUAG